GGGAUCCCCCUUUAAGAGCAGUGAUGCUGGAGCCGAGCAGCAGCCACUGACAGAAAAACAAGCUCCUGUGGGGUCCGUACAUGUGAAUAGGAAACUGUUCGGAAAGCUGCCUGGCGAGCUUGCGGUGAGCGGAGGCGCUUGAGAAUUGCAGCCAGACUGGGGAAGACAGGUCAGUCAGUCACAUUUCGCAGGCAACGCCAACAGCAAGGAGACCAGAAAGCUCCUGCUACAGUCAUUCAUACGGAUCAGCUUUUCACAGACCAGGGCCCUACUGAGUCGAAACAGGGUAUCUCAGAGAAGGGGGAGACAGAAAAUGAGAAGAAAAUAGCUCAUAUAAGCUACCAAAAUCGGAAAUACGCGAACCUCGUGGCACAUUGCAUUUCAGCUACCUUUUUAUUCAUAGCGGGAAGGAGCGUUCACAUCUGUUGGGAUUUCUCAUCUGUGGAAAGGAGGGCGAGCGGGAGAAACGAGGAUGCAGCUUUAUAGCAAUUGGUUUUAUUCCGUUUGAGAACGACUACCGCAACUCAGCGCAUCUUCGGAGCAAGGAUCUAAUUGAUUUUCCCCUUGACUGGCACUAAGCCUUAAGAAUUCACUAUGACCAGACUACUUGUGAGCAGUUUUAUGUUAUCAGCAACAAUUUCUUUGAGAAUGAUGUCAAGCUUUGUAUCCUCUGAAAAUUAUGAAGAAAUUACAACUGAACCAUCAUCAACUGAGACUGCACAGAACCUAAUAAGGCAAACGAUAAUGGAUGCACAGUAUAAAUGUUUUGAAAAAAUGGCCACGGACCCUUCAUUUAACGAACCAGGUCUAUACUGUAACCGAACCUGGGAUGGUUGGCUAUGCUGGAAUGAUACACCAGCUGGAACAUUCAGCAUGCAGAACUGCCCGAAUCACUUUAAUGAUGAAACCGAAAAAGCUACAAAGUACUGUGAUGAAACCGGGAACUGGUUUAAGCAUCCGGAAACCAAUCAUACUUGGUCCAACUAUACACUGUGUAAUAAAUUCAUAGAUUACAAAAUAAAGAGGAAGAUGACAAGCUUUGCAUCCACUGAAAAUUAUGAAGAAAGUACAACUGAACCAUCAUUAAUUGAGACUGCACAAGACCUAAUAAGGCAAAAGAUAAUGGAUGCACAGUUUAAAUGUUACGAAAAAAUGGUCAGGGACCCUUUAUAUGCUAAACCAGGUCUAUACUGUAACCGAACCUGGGAUGGUUGGCUAUGCUGGGAUGAUACACCAGCUGGAACACUCAGCAUGCAGAACUGUCCAAAUCACUUUAAUGAUUUUGAUGAAACCGAGAAAGCAACAAAGUACUGCGAUGAAACUGGGAACUGGUUCAAACAUCCAGAAACCAAUCGAACUUGGUCCAACUAUACAUUUUGUAACAAGUUCACGGAUUAUAAAAUAAAGAUGGCGCGCAUUCUCUACUAUAUGGCUGUUGUGGGUCAUACACUGUCAAUUACAUCGCUAUUGAUUUCUCUGGCUAUUUUCUUCUAUUUCAAGAGCCUCAGCUGUCAAAGGAUAACACUCCAUAAGAAUUUAUUUGUCUCCUACGUAUUUAACUCAGUCUUUACACUUAUCCAACUUAUGGUGGUGGCCAAUGACAAGGAGGUAGUUUCCCAAAAUCCUGUGGGAUGCAAAGUGCUACACUUCUUUCUCCAGUACAUGUUGGGCUGCAAUUACUUUUGGAUGCUUUGUGAAGGGAUCUACUUGCACACACUCAUUGUAGUGGCUGUAUUUGCUGAGGAACAACAUCUGCACUGGUAUUAUCUUCUGGGUUGGGGAUUUCCUUUAAUACCAGCCAGCAUUCAUGCAGUGGCAAGAAUGAAAUACUUUAAUGACAAUUGCUGGAUAAGUGUUGAAACACAUCUGCUUUACAUAGUACAUGCUCCAAUUGUUGCAGCUCUGUUGGUGAACCUUUUCUUCUUGCUCAACAUAGUCCGUGUCCUUGUUACAAAGCUAAGAGAUACCCACCGUACUGAAAGCAAUAUGUACAUGAAGGCUGUUCGAGCAACUUUAAUACUUGUGCCACUGCUGGGAAUUCAGUUUGUCAUUAUCCCUUGGAGACCAGAAAACCGACUUGCUGGUGAAAUUUAUGACUAUAUUAUGCACAUAUUUGUGCAUUACCAGGGUUUGUUAGUGGCCACCAUAUUUUGCUACUUCAAUGGUGAGAUGCAGGCAGCUCUGAAGAGACAAUGGAUGCAAUAUAAAAUGCAAUUGGGUCAGCGACGUCGUGAGCACUGCUCCAUGCGUUCAACCUCGUAUACAGCGACAUCUAUCACGGAGGUUCCUGUUUACCUGUAUCAUCAGGACAGCAAUAGCGAACAUUUAAAUGGCAAAUACAUGGAAGAAUCUGAAAUUGCUGCCCUAAAGUCAAAAGAGAUGUACGCCUAACUUGCCUGAAAAUAAUAAUACAAGCCACAUUUUCCCCAUUUAAAUGUAGACUCCAGUAUCAACUGUCAGUCUCUAAAAUAGGCAACGUGACCCAGCAGGAUAAAAAAAAGUCAACACUUUCCUGGUAGCAGAAGCCUAGAAUGGAGCCAGAUGAGACAGAUGUUGCAAUAUUUCAUACAAUGCUACUUGCAGAAAUCUGACUGGAAAAUGGAGCUAUUAGUUGACACAAACGCUGUUUCCAUGGCUGCGAGUCAUUGAAAAAAGACAAGGCCCUGCUACAAAAGUGUGACUGAGAAGAAUUCAAAGAGCUUGCACCAAGAUUGCAGACUGCACAUAAACGCCAAGGCAGUGUGCAACAUAGCACGUUGUGUAGUAAAUCUGAGCCAAGCACUUUGCUGACUUCAACCAGUUGAUUUAUAACUUUGAAUUUUAUUAGCUGGCUUUUGUUACACUCCUCAUAAAAGUUAAGAAGCCUUGAAGAUUUAGUUGUUGUCCCCAAAGCCAAUUCCUGUGUUAAUACUAGUUUGAAAUUAGUGCAAGUUGUUGCAAUUUCACAGACUUACAGGUCUUUCUGGUUCACAUGAUGCACCUUAUUUCCUAGUAUUGUAACUUUUUACUGUGAAGACUGCAUGCACAAUGCUACAUUGGGCAGAAGGUCUCUAUGUGAUCAGUGGUCCCACUGCUGGGAAUGGCAGUGCUCCUAUGGGAAUAAGCAGUGAGAACCUGAGCCUUGUUUUACCUACAGCAGUAUAGUAAGAAGGUGCCAUCAGCAUGAUCCCCACUACUUUCAAACAGAACUAGCAGCUCACCAGCACCACAAUUAGAGAUGGGUGAGUCUGCAGGAAGAAGGAGUGAGUACCUCCAUGCUGAGGCACCCUCAAAAGCAAGUCUAUGAGUUUUUACUUAAUCAUACUAGGGCCAGACAGGUAGACCCACUAUUCAUGGAAGGAGGUGCACCAUCCAGCAUGGUUCCCUUACUCCGGGUAAGCCAUUAGGCAAUCUCACUAUAGACCAUGGGCAUCAUAAAAAAACUAGUUGACAAGUUUCCAGGAUUUAUCUAGCUAUCUUUUGCAUAGAAGCGCUACCUUCCAAUGCCAACAAGGAUGGGAAGAAACUCUGACUUGAUUAAUUAAUUUGUUCAAAAGCCCACACAUCUCCAGUUGGCAAAUGGCACAUUCUUGAGGUCCCACCUCCAAGGAUACACAGUGGUGGUGGGUAGACCUUCUGAUAUCUUCCACCACCAUUUUACAAGGUCACCCAUCUCUCAGCACACCUCAAGAGGGCUAGUAAAAUGCUGCCCCAACGCCCACACACUACUGUCAUGAGUACAGUCAUGUGAUGUGAAAUUAGAGCACGACUACACUAACAGGAAUAUUGUCAGAAUGUAUCACUCAAGACUCUUCCAUCAUGGCUUGUCUGUGCAUUAAAAAUUAAUAAUGGUGAACUCAGCCGUGACUCAGUUGGUAAUGCUCUCACCUCUGAGCCAGCAGAUUGUGGGUUUAACUCCCUCUCCAGUCCUUAAAGUCAAGUCUGGGGAUGGAGUGGGCUCAUGUACAUGGAGGUAGUGUCCCUAUCUCUUAACUAGGAGCCCUCGGCUCAAGUCCCACCUAUUCCAGAUGUGUGUAAUGACAUUUCUGAGCUGGUUGAAUUGGGAAAGCAUUCAAAAAUCAAAGCUGACACUUCACUGAUAAGAACACCAUCUUUUGGAAAAGGUGCAAAACCAAGAGCCAGCCAAUGUCAGAGUGAAACAUGAAAGAUGCCAUGUUGCUAUUUGGGUCUUGUAUCAGAGCCAUUAUUCAGAACUCAGCAAACUUCAUAAAACAGAUUGUUUGGUCAUUAUCAUGUUGUGUUUUGUAUUUACUGAGUAUAGGUAGGCUGCAUUUCCUACAACAGUGACUGUGCUUAAGAAGUAAUUAUUUGGCGAAAGACACCUCUAUAAGUAUAACUCUUUUAUUUAAUAAACAUAUAAUUUAGCUUAAUUAUCAAUGCAGUUUCUGAUUCUAGCCAAAUAUGAGCAUUAUUCAUGCUGUCUGAAUGCAGUGAUCUGAAGCAGCACAAUGGCAUUACAGGAUGCAGAGCCAGACAAAAAAAGCAUAGCUGAGGAAUUCCUUUAAUAUUGAUACUUUAACAAUAUGUUUGCAUGAGAAUCAGGGUUUUGAAGGUACUCUGUCUCUGCUGUGUGUAGAAUAUUUAAAGGUUAGCACAGUAUAAACAUAUAUACUAAUGCUCAUAGAUUGGGUUCUCUGAAAGCUAAUGGAUUCUCUUGCCGUGAUAUGUUCACAUUAACAAUUACAGCUUUCUUCAGGGCCUGUGUCAAGAUUAAAUUUAAUUAGGUUUCUUUUAGUAUCAAUAAUCAACAAAUCAUGAAAGCAAGACUAUGGUGGAAAAAGCCAUUACAUGUUAUGACACCAAUGAUCUUUUCAGUAAGGAGCUCUGAAUGAUUCUAAUUUUUAAAAAGCCAGUUUGGAAUGAAUGAAGUUCAUUUUCGCGUACAUACCAAGCUAUUUAAAAUAUUGCAUUUUAUAAAUUUUUUGAACAUUAUCUUUAAAUAAAACAUUAGAAAAUUAUGACAGGCUUCUCCAUGCCAAAGCAGUUGCAAAAUAAAAAGCAUGCAUUUAAAAUUCCUCUGGUGCCUGUGAAUUGUCACAUCAUUGGUUCAUCAAUGAAGAUUUGCCCUCCCAGUAUUCUUACUGAGAGUGUAAAAAUUUUCUUGCCGACUGCUUUUACAGUUUGUCUGGAAAUACUGAACAAGGAAAAUCAUGUAAACAUCAGAGAAAUUGUUUCUCCCAUCUUACAUAGGAGAUAGUUGAUGACUAAACAUCUUUUGCAUUAUCAAAAGGUAAAGUCACCAGAGUCUCACUGGACCAUAGGGCUGCUCUUUUAUUAAAGAGGCAUGACAGCAGUUUAAUAUGAGAGUCACCAUGCCCCAGGUGAGGGGAGAGGAAAGUCCUUCAUGGUAACCACAGCUGCUGGUGUAGAAAGUGUAACCCAUGCUAUUGGUGUCAUUCUACAUCAGAAAAUGGCCAUCCAGCCCAGCAUACUGGAUUAGGCAAAGCUAAAUGAAAGUAAUCAAUGCAACCUUAGUUUAUUCAGAAGUAGAAUGAACUCAAGUGAGCAAGUAAUCUCAUCUAGGUUCAGAACUUUGUCCAUGAUUUUUACUAAAAAUUUAUUGCAGUAUAUAUUUCAUGGGUUUCACAAAAAGGAUCAGCCUUCAAACCUAAAAAUAACUUUCAACUAUAAAAAAGUUGAGUAUUAUAACAAAUAUGAUGAAUUCUCAAAUUCCGGAACAACUUCAUGAGAGCCCUUUGUAUGAAAGGGCUUUUUAACAAUAUAAGCAUCUUAUUUUUUUUAGAAUGAUGAGACCCAAGCUAUGGUCUGGAAAACUUGAGCAUACAUAAGCAUUGAUAAUACCAGGAGAACAUAUAAUAGUCCAAUUAAAUGGGCACAAAUGUCCACACCUUGAUCAUACUUAUCUGGUUGACAGGAUGCAACAAUUUGUUUAUAAGAUGCUGCAAUUAAUUUUUGCCGCAAGAUGGGCAUUUGUGUUAUGUUGCUACCAUGAGACCCAAACAAUACUGCAGCCCAGAUCUCACUCUCAUCAAACCAGUACUCUAUUUCACUCACUUUGGAGAUCAAAUAAUUAUGACAUUUUAAUAACAGGCAAUAAUUGCUGUGAGCCAUGUUUUAAUCAACUCCAGGAGUCCCAUUAAAGUUAGGCUGCUGAAUAUUUGAUACCACAAGGCAGAUCAUAGAUGGGUCACACUCCAACCAAUUAAAUCACAAUUGCAACUGAAGUCUAGUGCACAUUAUAACACACCAUUUUGCAUAUUAAGGUAACCUUCCUGCUGAACCAGGUAGGCACUCUGGUCAACCAGUAAAAGUGGUAAUGACAAUAGCAAAAAAAAACAGCAUAAGAAGGCAAUUAAAUGUGAUAAUACUAUUACUGCUAUUAUACAAAGUGGUCACAGUUAAAAUCAAUCUCUUAAAUUCUAAUUAUGAGACAAUAAAAUAGCAUUUCCAUUGCUACAUGUAACAUUAAGUGAUGCGCAAACAAGGGAAGUUUUAUGUGUUAUAAGUAAAGGUAUGGAAUGCACUACCUGGAAGUGUGGUGGAGGUCAGUUAAAUUGAGGCAUUCAAGGGGCCAUUGGAUGGUUAUUUAGAUGGAAGUGGUGUGCAGGGAUAUGGAGCAAAGGCAGGAGAUUGGCACUAGCUGAUAGAACUGGUGCAGGUAUGAUGGACUGAAUGGUUUCCUUCUACACCAAAACAAUUCUGUGAUUAAAAACACCUUGCUGCCAAAGCAUGGGGCUGCUCUUCAAUCUGAUUAUUCUUGUGGAAGCUAAAUGGGGUGGUUCCAAUGAAGUGGUAGAUGUACAUACUUUUGUCUUGUUCCAGUCCAAUCAAAAAGGCUGGUGACAAAGACCUCCGCCCAAAGCCAGCAGGAUCUUUCUGAAAGGCGCAGACUAGGUACUCAUUAGAUAACUGGGGCACAAUUUUAAAUGAGAGCAUGGUGAGGAAUGCUGCUUGAUAGGGACAGACUAAUCCCCAUCCAAGGAACUUUCAAUUACAUAACAUUUCACCACCAAAUGGCUCCAAAAUAAUGGAUUCCAUGCUAGGCAGGCUGACUUGCUUCAAGAAGUAAUCAAUGUUAACAUUAAUUUACAAAACAACAGAAAAUCUUUCAUACCAACCAGCAUGUUCUUAUAUUCACCCUAGCCCAUGUCUUUUUGUACUUUAAAAACGAUUUAACAAUUUUAUAUGUAAGGAAUUAUGUACGCUCAUUGCUUAACACAAUACGUAGUGUUCUGUUACGAUGUGCAGUGUAGAUAAUUUUACAAUGAACAAGCUGUAAGGUAUCUACAGAAAGAAACUCUCUCUGUGCACUUGUCCUCUAGUCCAUGGAUUUGUUUCUAAUGUUUAAAUUUUAACUUGCAUCUCUAUGUCAGUGUUUACCUCUAACACAGUUCAUGCUUAUUAUUCAUAUUUGUGUGUCCCCAAACUGUUCCCAGGUUUGUGUUAAAAGCAUUACUAACUGAAAUAAAAUUUCUGGCUUUUGAAAUAGCUGUUAUUUAAAAUUUAUGUGAAUUAA